UCCUCUCGCGUAUUUUUUUGCGAGAGUCGCCUGGACGACCUUGCGUAUCCUCUUUUCUGCGUCGCUGCUUUUCGUCUUGUGCCAUGGCCCAGAAAUCGCAGAAUGCAGGCGAUUUUGAGGUCCACUCCAGUGCAUCCUCUGCCGCCAAAGAUGCAUCGGGAACCAGCACUGCAAGAAAGCAGUCCGCCACACCAACCAUGAAUGGCACCGUUUCGACGGUGCUGCCCAAAAUGUCGGAUCUAGCCCCCGUCAUUCAAACCAUUUCAGAAUCAUCACAGCCGAUGGAGAAGUCUGUCUCGAAUGGCUCAAAUGGCUCUGCCAAGGACGCCACUGGCGAGACCGCGUCGCCUUAUGGCACGCGCUCUCGUAAUCGCAACGGCAACUCACGCAUCAACUACGCAGAGGACAAAGACAUGGACGUGGAGAUUUUUGAAAUGUACCCCGAGAGGCGAGAUGACGAUUCCAAAAAAUCCGCGAGGCAGCUACUUCCGUCAAGUGCACCCCAAGGCAACAUCCUCCGCGCCGGCACUGGAUCGUCGAGGAAGCCACUCCCCGACGACAGCAAGAGCAGCUCUUCCCAAAGCGGCACCAAGGACAGGAGCGCGGCCCCGACACCUGGCUCAAUCUCUGGCACCAAUUCUGCCACUUCUGCCUCGAUUUCGAGAAAGCGCAAGGCCGCCUCGCAGCCAAGUGUGGCGGCCAACCAGGCGCAACCAGCGUCAAAUGGGCACUCCGCCGCCCUUCAGAAGAAGCUCGGGGCGGUUUUGCAGGGCGGGAAUGGCUAUGCUGAAACUAACCUGCUAACCUUUGAGAACUGCGGGGCACGGCCGAAAGGUGGGAAAAUGGUGGCCGACGACGGCACGGUUCUGGAGGUCAACAAUCACGUCUACCUGGUCUGCGAGCCACCCGGCGAGCCCUAUUACCUGGCCCGCAUCAUGGAAUUCCUGCACAGCAAAAACGACAGCAGUAGACCAGUCGACGCGCUGCGCAUCAAUUGGUACUACCGACCAAAGGAUAUUGGCCGCAAGGUGCAAGACACCAGGAUGGUUUUCGCAACGAUGCACUCAGACAUCUCUCCUCUGACCUCGCUGCGAGGCAAGUGCCAGGUCAAGCACAAGUCGGAGAUCCCGAACAUGGCGGAGUACAAGCGGUCGCCGGAUUGCUUCUGGUACGAAAAGCUGUACGACCGCCACAUCCAGAAGAACUACGAGGUCAUCCCCACGUCGCAGGUCGUCAACGUGCCCGAGCGCGUGAAGAAGGUGCUCGACGAGCGCUGGAAGUAUAUUUUGGUGGAGCAGGGUCGGGGUAAAGAGCUCACCAGUGCGGUGAAGCUUUGCAAGCGAUGUAGCGGCUACUGCGCCAGCAACGAUUCGGUGGACUGUGCGGUCUGCCAAAACACGUAUCACAUGAACUGUGUCCGCCCGCCCCUGCUGAAGAAGCCGUCACGUGGUUUCGCUUGGUCAUGUGCUGCAUGCAGCCGAGCACAGGAGAGGAAGCUGGAGGCCCGCCACACGCCCAACCUUUUGGAUUCCAAUGCUAAUGGCGAGGAGGAGGAGUAUUUCGACGAUGAGGAAGACGACGGUGCCGGCGCCUGCACCGGCGGCACCACUCCCGCCAACGAGGAACACAACGAGCCCGCGACAGCCGAGCAGAUCUACCACGCCAGCCUGUGGCCCUACAGGUACCUAGGCAUUCACUGCAAGGUAGAAGACGCCUUGGACUAUGACGACAGGAUCUUCCCCCGCGCCAGCACGAGGCUAGGCCCCCGCCACCAGGCUAAUGUCCUUCCCUGGCCCGGCCGCCCUGUUCGCUACGUCAAGCCGCUAGAGAUCAAAAAGUCGAACAGGAAGGACGGAAAGCUCAGCAAAGAGGUCCAGGCUGCGAUAGAGCAGGAGCGGAUCAGGCGGGAGAAUCGGCCAAAGUGGAUCCAGGAUGAACCCCCAGGCUACGUUGCCCGGGGUGAGGACUGCGCCGAUGACGACCCGAACAACACGGCGCAGUUGCUCUGGAGGCCGCCGGAGGCUGUCGGUGCCAAUAUCUCAAACAAGGCAGUGGACGACUUUAUGGAAAAGGCCAGGUCCGAGGCACCGACCUGGGGACUUGCUCCAACCUCCACUAACCUCCAAGACAUUGCAAGAGAUGUUCUGUUCAAGAACGGCUUCGACACCAAAAAGGCCAUGCGGGAAUUCUUGAAGGUGCCCAAGUCGGUUUUCAAAGAGCCGGAACUCACACCAGCCGAGCAGAAGAGAUUCGAGGACGGCGUCCAGAAAUUCGGAUCCGAGCUGCAUAGCGUCAUGAAACACGUCAAGACCGUCAGCUCCGCUAACAUCACACGCUACUAUUACAAGUGGAAGAAGACGGAGCGCGGUCGGCAGAUCUGGGGCAACUAUGCAUCCAGGAAAGACAAGAAGGCAGCCAAGAAGGCCGAGGCGACUGCCAAUAAGCUCGCCGACGAUGUAGCGGACGACCACGAUGAUUCGGCCUUCGACGCCGAAAAGGCUGUCGAGAAGAAGAAGAGCUUCAUGUGCAAGUUCUGCUCGACCAAAUCCUCACGCCAGUGGCGACGAGCCCCGAAUGCAUCCUCAACGCUGGUUACCGAGAACGGCGGCAAGAACUCAAACAAGGACAAGAACGCCCAGUACAUCCAGGCCCUGUGUCGCCGCUGCGCCGAGCUGUGGCGUCGCUAUGCCAUCCAGUGGGAAGAUGUCGACGAGGUUGCCAGGAAGGUUGCCCAGACCGGCGGGCGAGGUUGGAGGCGGCGGGUCGAUGAGGAGCUCUACAAGGAGCUGCUGACGGCAGACGAGAUGAUGAACAACACGCGGUACCGUACGCCCGAUCUGUCAGCAACUGCCACCCCAGCGGCUGGCCCCAACGGAGAUCAGGCAGGUCAAGAACCGCCGCGGAAGAAACUCAAGGGCCUGCCGGACAGGGAGGCGGAUCAAAAUGGGUCGGACUCGGGCAGUACGUCGGCUGCGAAGAAGAAGGAGAAGGUGGUCGCGAAGCCGGCGCCUCCGGUCGUACCAGAGAUUCCGAAGCCGAGGACCAUGCCCUGCGCUAUAUGUCAACAGCUGGAGCCGCUGGGUGCCCAGCACCUGUCCUGCAGGGAAUGCCGGAUGACGGUUCAUCGUAACUGUUACGGUAUUGUCGACAACAGGGCCCCUGGAAGGUGGACCUGCGACAUGUGCACCAAUGACAAGAACCCUCAAGUAUCGAUCCACUACAAGUGCAUCCUCUGCCCCGUGGAAUACACAGAGCACGACUUUGUUGAGCCGCCGAAACCGUCGCAUAAGAAGAAGACGGAGAAAGAGCGCGAGCGCGAGAGGGUGGAGCGCGAGAGUGCGCAGAAGGCUGCCAACUACUACAGGAAGAAACAGGAGGAGAUGAACCGGCCUGUCAAUCCCCGCGAGCCUCUCAAACGAACGGCGGACAACAACUGGGUCCACGUCACCUGUGCGGUAUGGACCCCGGAGGUCAAGUUUGGUAUGGCCAAGGCUCUCAGUCCUAGCGAGGGGAUCCCGUCCAUCCCGCGAGCGAGAUAUGCCGAGGUGUGCAAGGCGUGUAAGAAGCAAGGCGGUGCCUGCGUGGCCUGUCACCAGUGCCGUGCCCCUGUGCAUGUUGAGUGUGCUCAUCAAGCCGGCUACCUGCUUGGAUUUGACAUCACCCCUGUCAAGAGCUCUCGCCGCGACCAGUUCAACAUCGUAACCAUCAACGGCGAAAGCGGGACCAUGGCUGCCGCCGUUUGGUGCAAGGACCACGUGCCCACGAAGACGAUUGUUCACCGCAUGCAAGACACGGUCGACGACAGCGGCCUGAACGCCCUCCAGCUCUACGUCCAGAACUUCAAGCAGGCCGAUCUGACUCUGACCGGCUGCGCGAGAAAGGCGAACCAGAUCUCCCUCGCUGCGAAGAUGUCCUCGCCGCCGCCACCAGCGCCGCCAAACCGCCGAGCCUCGACUACCACCCUCGUCAACGGCGAUCGCACCGAGCAGGCCCCGCCCUCCCUGGAGCCCGGGGUGAAGGUCUGUCUCACCUGCGGCAUCGACGUCAGCCCCAAGUGGUAUCCCAUCGACCAGGCACAGGAGCGGGGGCUUACGAACGGCCAUUAUGGCCACCUCGGCGCCGAGGCCCAGAAAUUCGUCGAACAGCGAAAUUUCCAGUGUCACAAGUGCAAGAAAGCGAACCGCCAACCGAACCCGCAUCUUCCAAAGGCGCCUUCGCCUCAGCCGGAGCCGGUGCGGCAGACUUCGCAAGUCCCCCUGGGGGCCGCAAGCCCACCGCCACCGCCAGAGGAACUGAGACAUUCAAUCAGAGGUCCAUAUACAUGGUCGCCCCUGGCUCAACCUGGUCCGGCUGCGGCUCCGGCUCCGGCUCAGAUCCCACCGAUGGCGCCACUGCAGGCACCCAUCCUCGGGCCCCCCCUCGCCGGACCCGUCGGGCAUCCUCCGGGAGGACCACCGCCGGUGACUAUCCCGCCUCCUCUGCCUCCGACUAUCGCGCCUCGCGGCCCGCCCGUCCAGCCUCAUUCGUAUGCCCAUCCGGGCGGUUCAUACAAUGACUGGCACAGACCCGCUCCUCAACACGCGCAUCACCAUGUUCACUCGCACCGCGAGGUCAAUGGCGGGCCACCUCCUCUGGCGCCGAACCCUAUCCCACCUCUGGCUCCUCCCAACCAUCUGCGACCGCCGCCGAUGUCGAGCAUCUCACACCCCCCGCCGCCGCCGGCUCCGGGCCCGCCAAUGCAUGGCAGCCACGUGGGGCAGCCCCCGUUCGCGAACGGGUUGCCCCUGUCUCCUCGCCGUCUCAGCGGGCCGCACCCCGCUCAGAACGGGUCGCCGUCAUACAUGACGUCGCCGUACCACCAUUCUGUGAGCCACCAACCAGAAUAUGCCAAUGGGGGUGGUCAACCUCUCUCAUCCAUUCUGCGCCACCGCACGCCUCUAUCCACACCGCAUGGGAGCCCUCCAAUUGCAAGAGAUAACCUCCCGCUGAAUCGGGAAUCAAGCAACCCCCCUCAGAGGGAUGGACGUCCGCCCAGUGGUGCGAGCGCUAGUCCAUCAUUGCGCAAUCUCCUCUCGUGAGACUCGGCUCUUGGCUCGAGCGGGUCGUCUCACGAAUAAGACAGCAGCAAGCUAGCCGUGCGGCUCCUUCCCAAGACGACGAUAUGAGGGAUGGGAUGCUAUCAGUCGAUAAUCCCCGAGGGAAGACAGGACUGUCUCUCCAUGUAUGAUAAUUAUGUACGGUACUUCAUUAGAUUUCAGUGGCGUUUUAGUUGAUUUCGGUCAGGCCGAAUAUACCGGCCUCGGGACAGGAGAUGAUAUUAUGGGCAGCAAAAGCGGAGUUUAGGAAAGACAUUGUAGCAUAGAUACCGUUUUAACGGUGUAUUAAAAGGCAUCGGAGAAUGAUCAGCGUUGGGGCAAUACACAAAGUGGUUAUACUCCAUUGCCGUGCCCAUGACAUGUCGGC